AUGGCCGGCUACUUGGAUGAACUGGAUGUCACAAUGGUGGAGGAGGGUUUCACCAUGAAGGAUCUCAUGGAGAGCCUCCUAAAGGAGGCUUCCCAGAGGGGUAGCCAAGAAGCCUUCUUUGUGGCAGAUCUUGGAGAUGUGGUGAAGAAACAUUUGCGCCUCCUCAAAGCUUUGCCCCGUGUCAAGCCCUUCUACGCUCCAAAGUGUAACUGCAGUAAGGGAGUGGUCCAGAUGCUGGCAGGACUGGGGGUUGGAUUUGGAUGUGCCAAUAAGCCAGAGCUGGCACUGGCGAAAAGUGCUGGAGUCCCACCGAACAGGAUCAUCUGUACAGGCCCCUGCAAGCAGAUCUCCCAGAUCAAGUAUGCAGCCAGCCAAGGGGUGCAGCUGAUGACUUUUGAUAAUGAAGUGGAGCUUGGGAAGGUAGCGCGGAACCACCCAUCUGCCAGAAUGAUUUUGAGCCUAGCGACUGAUGAGUCUAGAUCCUCUGGCCAUCCAACUAUGAGGUUUGGUGCCACCCUGAAAUCCUGCCGGCAUCUGCUAGAGACUGCAAAGGAUAUGAAUGUGGAGGUGGUCGGAGUCAGUUUCCACAUUAGAAGCGGCUGUACCGAUCCUCAGAUCUUCACUCAAUCCAUAGCAGAUGCUCACCUGGUCUUCAAAAUGGGUGCAGAGCUGGGCUACAAAAUGUGCCUCUUGGGUAUUGGAGGUGGAUUUCCUGGUGCCGAAGAGACUAGAGGACGCUUUGAAGAGACAACAACUGUGGUCAACUCUGCCUUAGACCUGCAUUUCCCAGAAGGCUGUGGGGUGGAGAUAAUUGCAGAACUGGGACGCUACUACGUGGAUUCAGCCUUUACCUUUGCGGUCAACGUUGUUGCCAAGAAGGAAGUUCCCCUGGAUCAACUGGGCUCUGACGGCCAGGAGGCGGGCUGGCGAAGGAGCUUCGUCUACCACCUGAAUGAUGGCGUCUAUGGUUCCUUUAGCUCUGUCAUCUUCAACAACACAUGCCCAGUCCCAGUCUUGCACAAGAAGCUGUCUCCCGAUCCCCCCUUGUACAGCAGCAGUCUCUGGGGGCCUACCACGGAUGGCUUGGACCGCAUUGCAGAAAGCAUGGAACUCCCUGAACUGCACAUUGGGGACUGGUUGAUCUUUGAGACCAUGGGGGCCAACACAAGAACAGCUUCCUCCUCCCUCAGUGGAGCGCAGCCAGCGAGGAUCUACUAUGCCAUGUCCAGGGUGGCUUGGGAAGCCGUGCAGUUCCUGCAGGGGAAGCUGCUGCUGCCGCCAGAAGAAGAGGAUCGGGAGAGCACAUGCGCCCCGCUGUCUUGUGGCUGGGAGAUCACGGACACCCUGUGCGUCGCCCCCGUCUUUGCUCCAGCAAGCAUCAUGUAAGCUGAGCUGAAGGGUCACCCCGAUGUGUGGGGGGGAGGACCCUCCUCCCAAGAGAUGCCUACCGCACUUUCUCUCUCAACAGCCUUCCUGCACCCCCUGCGUUUUCUGCCCUCAAGUGGGAGCUGUUUUUCUCUCCCC